UUAGGUUCUCUAAGUUGUUUGAGUUCACCGCAAGGCCUAACGCUGCAGCCAUGAGUUUUCCGAGUGUUCUGAGCUGCGUCAUUCUUGUUUCAGCACUCGCCCGGUCCCACGCGCAGUGUGACAACGUCCUGUUGCCAAACGUUGGAGGUCUGUCACAGUGUCUCGAUACGAGGUUAGGUGACUGUGGCACGAACGCUGAAGGGCUAGGAGAAGACUUGGAGCAAUUUUUUGAUUGCAUGUUUGACGAGUUGCCCCGCAUCACUGAUCCUGCCGCAGCGCUCUUCAAUCUUGAGGGCCUCUACCAAGCGGUGCUCUCCGAGCUCGAACUGCCGGUCAACGUGAGUUCCGUGGCGACGCUCCUGUGCUACCGCCUCAACUUCUCCCUGGAGGCCUGCGCGCAGCCUGCGGUGUCGGGAGACGUUCGCUGCGGCUCCCUCCUCAGCGUGUUCUUUCCUUCGUCGUUCGCAGUGCGCCAGGCAAGACAAGCUCUGCAUAUUUAUCCUAUUUAUUUAGUACAUACUGCCGACCUUUCGGUCCAAGCAGAGUGGCAAUAG